AUGGACUUAGAGGUCAGUGAGCCAAUAGAUUUUAGUUCUGGAGAUCAUCUACAUCUAGUUCGGAAAACAGCAGAUAAUGAAAAUGUCCAGUCCAAAUCUCAUCAGCAGAACCCUUCAUCUUCAGCUGGGCAGCGAGAAACUCCUGGGAAUCCUAAAUCAAAGACUGGUGAGCGAUCAGAUGUCUAUGUGGUACAAAUUUCAGAUGAGAGCACGCCAGAGGACAGCAGUACAAAUCAGAACAGCCCAUUCUCAGAUGCAUCGGUUCGCAAAGCUUUCAUUAGGAAAGUAUUCCUUCUCCUGACAGUACAGUUGCUUAUCACCACGGCAAUUAUCAGCAUGUUCUUUUUCUGGAAGGGUUUAAAGGUUUGGAUACUCCUGAAUGCCUGGUUUACCUAUGCACUCUUACCAUUAUUUUUUGUUGUACUUUUUAUACUGGCUUGCUGUGGGGAUAUCCGGCGUCAGGUGCCUGCAAACUACGUUCUCCUGGGAAUAUUCACAAUUCUUCAAGGUCUGCUGCUAGGAACCGUAACAGUUUUCUAUAAUGCCGAAGAAGUGUUAUGGGCAACAGGAGCCACUGCUCUGGUGACAUUAGCACUCACUUUAUUUGCUCUACAAACAAAAUUGGAUUUUACCUUGCUAAAUGAAGUGCUGUUUGUUUCUCUCAUUGUACUAAUGAUCUAUGGACUUCUCCUCAUCUUUAUACGAUCAUAUUGGCUGCAUCUAUUGUAUGCUGGACUUGGAACUGUGAUCUUCUCAUUAUACCUGGUGAUGGAUGUGCAGCUGAUGGUGGGCGGGCGCCACCAUCAUUCUAACCUGGAUCCUGAAGAGUAUGUUUUUGCCACUUUGAACAUCUACUUGGACAUCAUCAACCUUUUUCUUUUCAUUUUGCAGUUGAUUGGACUGGCACGGUCAGACAGUGAAGAAUUCUGUACUUCCCAACACCUCUUUACCCAUCUCCUACCAGAUUCCGGGGAGUCUUCUCAUAGUCCUGAACCUGGUUCCCUGGUUACUUGUCCAGAAAAUCUUACCUGUCAUCAUCCCACCUUUGCUGCCCAAACUGUCAGGUCUGGGAUUUACCCUACCAGCAAGUCAACCUAUUGCAAUUUCAUGGAUGCUGACAGAAGACACAAACUUCCAGGGUCAGAGGCAAAUGGCUUAACACUCAUGGCACGGCAGCAGCAAGGGCGUCAACUUACUGUGUUGGUCUCCCUCCCCAGCUUCACCGGGGAAUGCAAUCGGCCCAAAUGUAUGCCAAACACACAAUGGGUUUGUGUUGCAGCUGAGGAACACCAUGCAGGAGGAAAAUACUGCUUUUAUAGCAAACAGUUACUAAGACUGCUCUUUGUCCUCAAAGUUCCUGGCUACAUAAACCCAGGUAAAACUGUGGUCAGGGCCUUUCAGUCUUCCAACACCCAAGAUGUGUAG